CCUCAUGAAUCUCUCUCUCUCUCUAUUUUCCUCAUUUCAUAUGUAUAAAACCACCGCUGUUUCUUUUCUCUUCCUUAUCUGGGCAAUGUUAGAAACCGAUAUAUAACUUGACAAAAAUUAAAAAGAAAAAAAUGGAACUGAGCUUGGUGUUUGUUCCGAAGACCAUUUCUGAUAUAAUUUCGGAAGUUUCAGCGAUCGGAGAUUGUUCUCAGAAGCUCUCGAAGCUUGAAGAUUACGUCAAGAGAUUGGAAGAAGAGAGGACGAAAAUCGACGCUUUUAAGCGCGAGCUUCCUCUUUCUGUGCUUCUUGUUAACGAUGCUAUUGGGAGGUUGAGAGAAGAAGAGAAGGCGAUAAAGAGCGAAGAAACGCGAGGGAUUGUGGAGUUGAUGCCGUUGAAGGGGAAUUCCGAGAUCGGAGGGGUAAAAUCGGAAAGUGAUUUCAGCGACAAGAGGAACUGGAUGAGCUCUGCUCAGCUAUGGAUGAGCUCAAAUGUCGAUUCUGACCCUGACAAGCAAACUACCCCUAUGUCAGACCUCAAAACGAGAAGUGAAGAAGAAGAGAGGUCCCAAGUUUCAACUGGGGUGUGUAAUUACAGAAGCAGAGGGGCAUUUGUGCCAUUCAAGGUGGGUGCUAGUUCACAAUCACAAGUCCCAAGCCUCUCUCUGAUGCCUCCAAUGCCUGAGCUUGGUGACUCUAAGAAAAACGACAACAAUCCAACUUCAAAGACUAGCCAUGGUAGUACUAGUAUUACUUGCAGAGGCGUUUCUGGUUCAAAUUUUCUGACGGACCAAGUGAAAUUGGCCACCAAAUCACAAACCCAACAACAACAACAACAACAAACGAAUAAUCAUCAUCAUCACCAACAACAACAACAACAACAAACGAAUAAUAAUCAUCAUCACCAACAACAACAGCCGUUUAGGAAGCAAAGGCGGUGCUGGUCCCCUGAGCUUCAUCGUCGUUUUGUUGAUGCCUUGCAACAACUUGGUGGCUCCCAAGCAGCUACGCCCAAGCAGAUAAGAGAGCUUAUGCAAGUGGAAGGGCUAACUAAUGAUGAAGUAAAGAGCCAUUUACAAAAAUACAGACUUCAUGUGAGAAAGCUCCCAAAUUCCUCCGGUGCACAAGGAGGAAGUGGCUUAUGGAUGGCCCAAGAUCACAGUGGAGACAACUCAAAGGCAAAUAAUACGAACAUGUCUCAGUCUAGUUCUCCACAGGGUCCUCUUGGUGCAAGUGGGUCUAAUAAGGCUUUAUCAAACACUGGAGAUGAUAGUAUGGAAGCCGAAGAAGAUGAGAAAUCUGACGGCCAUAGUUGGAGAGGCGGCGGCGGCAGCGGUGACAAUCACAAAGCUGUUGAAGAAGAUGUAUAGUUAAAAUACUCUUGAAUAUACCCCAUGAAUUUUGCAGAUAACUAUGAACAUGGGAAAAUCAUAUUAUUAUCUGAAUUUGAGGGACGUGUUAUUGUUAAUAAGUUUGACGAGUACUAGAGAGGGGUUUGAGGCACUACUACAAGGGAGGUGACGAUGAGAUUUUUCUCCCCUUGUUACUUGCAAGUUUGUUUACUGAGGUUUUGUUCUUUAUUGGCUGCUUAUGGAUUGUAGGAAGUGACUUAACAGUGUUUCCCUUACUCUGAGGUUCAAUUUAAUAGCGCUAAACUUACUAUAAA